AUGACGGGUUCUAUGUCCUUUGUAGGAGCAUUUGCUCCACAGUCUUCGGGAAAGCCUUAUGCUUCAACAACAGACAUGGUCGUGGAGCUGCACAUGCUCACGGAAACCAUGAAGGAUAUGACCUCCCAAAUCGAACAAUAUCAGGGUGGUAUGAGCAAUCUGCUUUACUUGACUCGAGGCACCUACAAGGUCUAUGAUAGCGCCAUGAACACACAGAAAAGAAUCGCUUCCACCGAGGUCACAGAGGGCCGGGACGAGGAGGGUCAAGUCUUGACUGCUACCUACGGAAUGAUCAGCGCCCUGACGGAGGCUAUUGGGGCUACUGCAAGCAAGGUAUAUUGCCUGGAAGACUUCUAUUUUAAUAAUAUAUACUGA